AUGUGGGGGCGCGCGGCCUGGAGGCGCUGCCCUCGGGGGCGGCGGCGCGGCCGGGAGGCGCUGCUGGCGUUGCUGGCGCUGCUGGCUCUGGCCGGGUUGGGCUCCGUGCUGCGGGAGCGGCGCGGGGCCAAGGCGGCGGAGCCGGGACCCCUGCGCACCCCGCGUCCGGGGCGGCGCGACCCGGUCCUGCCGCGGCCGCCGGUGCCCGACGACGCUCUGGGCGCGCAGGGUGAGGCGGUGCGGUUGCAGCUGCAGGGCGAGGAGCUGCGGCUGCAGGAGGAGAGUGUGCGGCUGCACCAGAUCAACAUCUACCUUAGCGACCGCAUCUCGCUGCACCGCCGCCUGCCCGAGCGCUGGAACCCGCUGUGCAAAGAGAAGAAAUAUGAUUAUGAUCACCUUCCCACGACAUCUGUCAUCAUAGCGUUUUAUAAUGAAGCCUGGUCAACCCUCCUCCGGACAGUCUAUAGUGUCCUCGAGACAUCCCCAGACAUCCUGCUGGAAGAAGUCAUUCUUGUAGAUGACUACAGUGAUAGAGAGCACCUGAAGGAGCGCUUGGCCAAUGAGCUGUCCAGCCUGCCCAAGGUGCGUCUGAUCCGCGCCAACAAGAGGGAGGGCCUGGUGCGAGCCCGGCUUCUGGGCGCUUCUGCGGCGAAGGGUGAAGUGCUGACCUUCCUGGACUGCCACUGUGAGUGCCAUGAGGGUUGGCUUGAGCCGCUGCUGCAGAGGAUUGGCAAAGAGGAGUCAGCGGUGGUGUGCCCUGUGAUCGAUGUGAUUGACUGGAACACGUUUGAGUACCUGGGCAACCCUGGGGAGCCUCAGAUCGGCGGCUUCGACUGGAGGCUGGUGUUCACGUGGCAUGUGGUCCCCGAGAGGGAGAGGGUGCGGAUGCGGUCCCCCAUUGAUGUCAUCAGGUCUCCAACGAUGGCUGGAGGGCUGUUUGCUGUGAGUAAGAAAUAUUUUGAGUAUCUGGGGUCUUAUGAUACAGGAAUGGAAGUUUGGGGCGGAGAAAACCUGGAAUUCUCCUUUAGGAUCUGGCAGUGCGGUGGGACCCUGGAGACACACCCCUGCUCGCAUGUUGGCCACGUUUUCCCCAAGCAAGCUCCCUACUCCCGCAACAAGGCUCUGGCCAACUGCGUCCGAGCCGCCGAAGUGUGGAUGGAUGAAUUUAAAGAGCUCUACUACCAUCGCAACCCGCACGCCCGCUUGGAACCCUUUGGGGAUGUGACGGAGAGGAAGCAGCUCCGUGCAAAGCUCCAGUGUAAGGACUUCAGGUGGUUCUUGGAGAACGUGUACCCAGAACUGCACGUGCCUGAGGACCGGCCUGGUUUCUUCGGGAUGCUACAGAACAAAGGACUGAAAGACUACUGCUUUGACUAUAACCCUCCCAAUGAAAACCAGAUCAUGGGACACCAGGUCCUUCUAUAUCUCUGUCACGGAAUGGGUCAGAACCAGUUCUUCGAGUACACGUCCCAGAAGGAAAUACGCUAUAACACCCACCAGCCAGAGGCCUGCAUCGCCGUGGAGGCAGGAAUGGACAUUCUCACCAUGCAUCUCUGCCAGGACACUGUCCCGGAGAAUCAGAAGUUCAACUUGCAGGAGGAUGGUUCUUUAUUCCACAUGCAGUCCAAUAAGUGCGUUCAGGCUGAGAGGAAGGCGUUCAGUGACAGUUUCGUACCCCUCUUGCGGGACUGCACCGACUCAGAACAUCAGAAAUGGCUCUUCAAGGAACACAUGGGAUAAACUGUCACUGUAUGAGGAGCUCAUGGAAGGAGCAGGAAGGCCCUGGACUGUGUCCGACAGAGACUGAGCUAUAUCCAGUGACAGAUCCACCCCCAAGCCAGCUGCUGUCCUUUGAUAAGGAAGUCACUUUACAACCUGUGCAGGUGAUGUUGGAUUUGAUAAGCUUUGUACUGAUUUUGAAAACCUCAAAAUUGCUCCCAUAUACCCUAUUUUCAAAGGGUAGUCAUAAAUUGUUAACUCUUGGUAUUCAGAGAAUUAAAACCUUUAAGUAUUUUUCUAUCAAGA